CCUGGCCCCUCCCCUGCCCGCCGUCGGCGUCGCCGGGUCCCGCUCGGUGUCUGGCGGCGGCGGCGGCGAGGGACCGCGCCGGGACCGGGGCCCGCUCGACGUCGGGAGGAGCCGCCCGCGCCCAGGGGCCGCCCCCGCCCGGGGCUGCCCGGCCCCCGCCCGCCCGCGGGGCGCAGUUUUUUCAGGUCUGUUCUCCCCCUUCCGUGGUUGAUAGUUCCCAUAUCCAGGACGGAGAGCUUGAAGGUGCUGGGGCAGUGUUGGCCUUCAUUCGGAUGAGGAGAUUCAGUUUUAGAGGUGUGUGGAGGCUGUUACCACUUACCUUAGAGUAUUCAAACGACACCAGACUGGGAAGCUGGUUUGUUCAUCUGGUUUCAACCAAACUCGUUUGCAAAUGUGCAGUUUGGAUAGAGGGUAUCCAUUGAGGUUAAUGACCUGCCGUUAUCCCGUGUGCAGUGGGGGCCAGUUCUCUUUUCAGGUUAGUUCGAGAUGGCAGACCAGAGGCAACGUUCGCUCUCUACCUCUGGGGAAUCGUUAUACCACGUGCUGGGGUUGGACAAGAAUGCCACUUCAGAUGAUAUCAAAAAGUCAUACAGGAAACUGGCAUUGAAAUAUCAUCCUGAUAAAAACCCUGAUAAUCCAGAGGCAGCAGAAAAAUUUAAAGAGAUCAAUAAUGCACACGCAAUAUUGACCGAUGCCACAAAGCGAAACAUUUAUGAUAAGUAUGGUUCCCUGGGUCUCUAUGUGGCAGAGCAGUUUGGUGAAGAAAAUGUGAACACAUACUUCGUGCUCUCCAGCUGGUGGGCAAAGGCCUUGUUCGUGUUCUGCGGGCUCAUCACGGGCUGCUAUUGCUGUUGCUGUCUGUGCUGCUGCUGUAAUUGUUGCUGUGGGAAGUGUAAACCUAAACCUCCUGAAGGGGAAGAGCAGGAAUACUACGUUUCUCCAGAGGACUUGGAGGCACAGUUGCAGUCAGAUGAAAGGGAGGCCUCAGACGCACCUAUUGUGAUACAGCCAGCAUCAGCCACAGAGACAACCCAGCUCACAGCUGACUCUCACCCCAGCUACCACACUGACGGAUUUAAUUAAGUUAAGGAAACACUGUAAUUAGAAUGGAUAAAAAAAAAUACAUGGCCAACUCAACACUAGAAUCAUGAACAUUAGACGUAGAGAAUGGGGAGGGGGAAUAAUUCUGCCACAGUAAGAAGGCAGCUUUCCAACCUGCCGAAAAUAUUUUGUAAUCCCUUCAGCCUUUUGUCACCUCUCAGUGUCGUAUCUUGAUGAUACAUGAAGUGCUGUAGCAUGCAGUAUUUAAAGCAGUUUAGCUACGGUCUUAUUUGUUUCCUUUCUUUUUUUUCCCCCCCACCCCACCCCAUCUCUUUUUUUUUUUUUUAUAGCAUGUAUGGAGUUAUGUUAACUGUCUGUGGUGUAAUGUAUUGAGUUGUCACAAUAUCAGUGUGAUGGAGACAUUCUGCAUUUUAAGCAGUGGUACUGGCCUAAAAAUGAGAUUUAAAAGAAGCCACCGUUCUUCCGUACAGCUGAGCUGUCAAAGACCUUUAAAAGUUUGUGAUUUUCACUUGAGUGCAACAAACCAAUUCUUUUAUUCUUCCUUCGAUUCCUGAUUGUUAUCUAAGCAAGUUUACAAAGCCAAGAACCAAAAAAAAUGCCAAUCCUGCAGAGCUGGAGUUCUCUCUAAUGCUGGUUUUCAGCUUAAAUAAAUCUACCUUGGAAAAAAAAAAAAGGGAGAGUUUCCGAUCUUUGAACAGUAAAUUGUUGAACAGCUCUUUGUGUGUAAGGUGAUCUUCGGUGACAAUGUAACCACAAACUGUAGUUUGCCACAAAAGCAACUGUGAAUGGGCUUACUUGGUGGUGGCAGUGGGAUUUUAACUUCAAGCACAAUUCUGUUUUGGUUUAAGUUCAGUCGUUGUCCUGAAAUGCUAAAGACCAAAUAGUGCAGCUUUUUUUGAAUGCCUGAGAAUCUUAGAGUGAAACUGGUUAAUUGGUUUUCAUAAGCAAGUGGGUAAAAUGCAGACAGUAGGCAACAGCAUAAAUGUUUAAAGAAAAUAAUUGGGUUUUAAAAACUUGUUCUAAAACCUUGAGGUUUUAAUAGACAAAUGGGAUAUUACAUGUCUUUUUUUAAAGCUUUUGUAAUACACUAGCCCUUUAAUUUUCUCAUGAAGAUGCUUGCGGAGUGCUUAAAUGGAUUUUUUAAGAACAAAACACCUUUCUUUGUGUUUGCUUUGUAGAAUUUGCAUAUUGUCUUGCAUUUAGAUUUGUUUACACCAGUGUUUUUCUUUUCCUCGGAACAACUGUGGGGAAACCAUUGAAAGGUUUCCUGUACUAUGUUGAAACCAAAUCAUAUUUGAACACUGCUCUAGAAACUGGUUUAUUUAAAAAGGCGUUUUAGGCAGCUGCUGAAUUGCUGGUAUAUUUUGUUGUUAAUAAUCCUGCUUUAGACGAUACAGAGUCAGGAUCUAGAACAGCUACCAGAGGACCUACACUUGGCACUUUUAAUGGUUAUUUACAAUUUCGUUUUGAUCUUUAUGGUUUUAUAUCACAAUGCCUCUACUGUGCUUUGUAUCCCCCGUCUCCCCUUUCUGUUUUUCACCUGUUUCUGUCGAGAGGCUGUUUACAGCCACUGUGCAUUGCUCUCCUGUAAGACCCCGGUGUUACUUUUGAAGGGGUAAAGCCCGGUCGGUCCAUAAGAGAACUACCAGAAAAGGAAGGGACUUUCCUGCCAGAGAAUCGUUCUGAUUAUAUUUUCACGCUAUCUUUGCGUGAUUUGAAAUGAUGGAGCACGUAAAAUCUGCUGUGAAACCAUGUUAAACGUUCUGGGUAGAACAAAAUGUCCUCAGUAUGGUCUCAAUGUGAAGUGAGGGACAUUUGCAAAAUCAGGCUUUCCAGUAGCCGUUGGUACGAGCACAUGAUCGUUGCCUGCAUGUGAGCUUGUUGCAAAUAAGCUUGCUUUUGUUGCCACAUCGGGUCCCGAAAAUUCAGAAAGAAAUGUUACUUUUAAUUCACUGGCUGGAUUUCAGCAGCACAGUUAAGUCAUUUCUUCCUUGUCAGUCAUUGUUUUAGACUUGAAACUUCGUGGUUUACUGGAAGAUACUUUUAACUCUUUCGGUCUGGCAAACUCUCAUGGGUGGUCUUGAGGACAGUCAUGGAUGAUUUGGCUUGAGGUCCUUCUUCAAUUAAAGUCUUUGUUUGACCCCUUGGAAUGAAGAGCAAUUUUUAGGCUUAAAAAAUUAAUGUCACAUUGGGCGUCCUUGUAGAUUUUGCCUGAAGCCUGUUCUUGAUGCUGAAUUGCAUGCUGGAGUAUCUGCAGGCUGUGUCCCCUAAAAACUCACUGGUUAAAAUCGCCCUUAUCUGUGCAAAUUAGGUUCUUGGUAAAAAUAAAUAAAAAGAGUUAGGGAUUUUUUGGCUUUGUAGAUGAGCAUAGUUGAUCGGAGUGACUUGGUAGAAUGAGGCGGCUGUUGCCCUGCAUGCUGUAGUUAGUUACACCGUGUGGCCCCAUGUUCGUUCAGAUGGGUGGCACAAAGCCGGUUUCGGUGGUUGCUCCACUGCGGAGCAGCUGUGACCCCUGAUGCUCUGGGCUGGUCGUCGGUGUUAAUUUGGAAUUAUAUUCUUAUUUCAUAACCCCUCUGGGCUACAUCCACUGAACUAGGAAGGCUGGCGGGAGGUUGUGGCUCCGUGUAACACCCCUGGAGUCGCUCUGCAGUCUCCUGAUGUUGGAACCGAAUUGUGGGCAGCAAACGAGAGCCAGAGGCGGUACCGCUACCCGUGUUCCGUGCUGUUUGGGAAAAGGUGACAUCCAGGAUAAAUCUGUUGGUUUAGUUCUUUGCUUGGCAAGGGAUGAGUUUGAGAGACUGCUUUCCUUUCGGUUGUUCUGUGGGUGGGGUGUGACUAGGAAAUUAGCCUGUGUGCUGUUACAUGCCAGAACGACGUUAGAUGCUCCAAGGGAAACUACUCUGAGAUCCCCAUUACAGGGAAUGAUGGGGAAACAACGUUUUUAGAUGAAUAUUCAUGGGUUUUGAAACUGCUUUAAGUUCACCCAUGUUACUCUUUAAUCUCUGUAUGUAAGGUUAUUGAUUAAUGCAGUUCUUGAGCUAUAUAAGAAAGCCAUUCAAACGUUGCUGCUUUAAAACAAGAAUUGUGUGAUAAGUAGGUUAAUGCCCUCUUCUUUUUCUGCUCUUGUCGGUAAGGUACAAGAGUAUCCUGGGCUGUACCAUGAGUUGCACUUCAAAAUGGCCAAGUUGAAUCCUAGUAAAUGCAAAGUUGUAUUGGAAAUAGCGGUUAAAAGUCUGGUGCAGAAGAUCACUCGGCAGUUCUGAGCUCGGGCGGACGGAGCUGCGCCGUCCUCACUGGAGCUGCAGCAGCGUGGCAUUGCCGGCACCACAGCCCGUUACCUGGUUUACGUGCAGAAUGUUUCCUUCUGAAAUCAAACCUGAGCACUGUUGAUCUCUGUUCAGCGUGUUGCCAGAAUGAAAACUUGAGCUUUGAUUUUGUUUGUUUGUUUGUUUGUUAAAAGUUGUAUCAUUUUUUACAAGUUGCCUGAGACCUCAGUUUCCGUAGUUUGGCCACUUCCAUCUAGCUCAUCGAACCUCUUCAGCACCGGUUCUCUUGGCGCUUGCGGCUCCUCCUGAUGAGGAGGAGGAUUGGGGUGAGUGAUCUGAAGAGCUUCCUCUGGCUGGUGUUAGGGACCACUGACUUUAUUCCUGAGCUGUGUUGCGUGGAGAGCUGUUGGUAGCUUCAGGUGAGGAGCUGCCACAGAGCUGCCGAGUGCGCUCGGGUACCAUCCCUCCUGGCCGCGGCGGGGCUGCUGGAGGAGGAGGUGGUGCUGGACCCGGCGCCCAUCCUUCCUUCCCGGGGAUGGGGAGAUCCCCAGCACACUGUAGUACAACAAAUCAUACGCUUCACUUGAAGUGAAUGAAGGGGCAUUGCACCCGUUAAAUGCCAGUUUCAUUUUGUUAGUGACGUUUGUAGGAAAUUCUUAAAAUAUUUAUCUGUAUAUAAAUUUGUUUAUGUAAACCUCAGUGGCGUCCGAUAGGGUGUAGAUUUCUGCUGGUCCCACGCAGUGAUGUUUUAGAGCCAUGUUACCUUUCAGACUUAUUUUUAGAUCUGUAAUAUUUUUAAACUGCUUUAGAUAUUAGUGCUCAUAGUGUUCUUACAAUGUGACGCUCUGUGAGGUUUGGGUGAGCACAGCCUGCAGUCUGACCAAGAAACACCGAGGAGGAAGGCUUGGGCGCACGAUGCGGAGAAACACCGUGUCCCGCAGCAGCACCGCCAUCGGGGGAUACAGGUGUCUGACCCCUCCGUGUCAGCCUGUGGACACAGCGGGUGUAAGCAGGGCAGGAGCCUGACGGGGAGGAUAGUCCUGUCCCAUCCAUAAAGCGGUUGUGUGGCGUUGCGUAGAGGGACGCCGGUGUGCUUGGGGGGGUUAUAUCAGAGCAGGUGUACCAUGUGCACUCCUUGAGGGGGGUACCCGCUUGUCUCAGCUAGUCUGUGCCCUUGGUCUGCCCGGUGCCCUUCGGUGUUCUUGACAUUUCCAGGUAAUUUCGGAAAUGUGUUUGUGCCGCAGGUUUUUUGUACCCGACGCAACUGGAUAUUGGCGUCCUGUUUAACAGACGACUCCUGCAGGGUGGCCAGGGAGGCUUUCACAGCCCCCACCUCAUGUUAAUAAUUCUGGAUGCUCUUUAAAUACGUGUUAAUCUUACAGCACUGAAACGUAACCCCCCCCAGUACAAUUGUUCAUAGCGUAAGGUCGGUAUAAAUUUAACAAGCUUAAUCAUUUGAUGCCGCUUCUCUGUAUUAUAGUGGAAAUCAUCUAGUUUGUAGUGUAUCAUUACACCAACAACUGCUUAAAAUAUCUCGGAAGAAAUGUAACCGAUAGCGAACAAGGUGGCAGGAAAAUUGUCAGUGUUCAAGUCCUGCAAGAACUGUGGUCCACUCCACGUGCUGCGUUGGGAGGCUUACAUGCUGUCUGGGACUUGGCGAGACUGAAAUUCCCGUUUCCUUCCAAGAAGACGCGUUCUUUACAAGAGGAAACUGCGCGAGGGAAGCUGCCUGUCUUUUGACGUUUGCACAAGCCAAAUGCCAUAAAUCUGGAAGACAAACCUUCGUUUGAAAAUCAAAUGCCAAUGUUUCAUGCACAGUGAAUUUUGUUGUUAAAAGGAUAGACGCUGGGAAUUUCUGGUGGUGAUAUAUAUAUAUAUAUGUAUAUGUAUAGAGGAAGCUGUUAUAUAAAAUGGCCAUUCAUUCUCAA